UCGUGUCCCCGCAUGCCCGGGUUGGCCAAUAUAAAUGAUAGGUGUGCGGCUUUACCGGGUAGUCAGUUAUCAUAUCAGUCGGUCGGUCGCAUCGUGCAAGACACUGAAAAUGAGUGCUCGCAGGGAAACCCUUAAACGAAAAGCAGUUGCUGACACGAAAGCAAAGGCUAAAAAGGCGAAAGGGGAGACUGAUUUGCCGAAUAAUAUGAAAUGGACCCAAGCAGGAAAAGAGCUAAAAGGGGUGUGUCCGUUGAUCCUGCUCAGCUCGGAUACUCUAGAAGGGAGGGAGAAGGUUGCUGGAUUUGACAUCGAUUUCACCGUCAUACGAACGGCAAGCGGGAGGAAAUUUGCUACGGGUGCUAAGGACUGGGAGUUCUGGGACAACAGGGUGCAGGCAAUGAUGAAGGAACUAGAUGAAGAUGGGUUCCGAGUUGUCUUCUUCACAAACCAGGCUGGGAUUGAGAAAAUGAAGGUGAAGCCAGCUGAAAUCAAGGAUAAGAUUGAAGCCAUUAUCACAGCCCUGGACAUCCCUGUGUUGGCGUUUGUCUGCACGGGAAACAACCACUUCCGGAAACCCAGUACCGAGAUGUGGGACUUCUUUGUGAAGAACUGCAAUGGCGGGGUGGAGGUGGACCUGGAGGAGAGUGUCUACGUUGGAGACGCUGCUGGCAGGGCCAAGAACUGGGCACCAGGUAAACCCAGGGACUUCUCCUGUAGUGACCGCAUGUUUGCAGCCAAUAUUGGGAUAGACUUCAAAACCCCGGAGGAGUUCUUCUUGAAGGAGAAGCCUGCCAAGUUUGAAUGGGGGUCCCUCAACCCUGUUGAGUAUCUGGAAAGCGCCCCAACAGCUGGGAAGAAGAACUAUCACAGUGAUUCACAGGAGGUGGUGAUAAUGGUGGGUCCCCCGGCUUGUGGAAAGAGUAGCUUCAGGAAACGCUACCUGGAGAAACAUGGCUACACUGCAGUCAACAGGGACACCAUGGGCACUGUGGAGAAGUGUAUCAAGGCUGCGAAGGAGGCUCUGAGUUCUGGGAAAAGCGUCGUCGUGGACAACACAAACCCUACAGUAGAUGCCAGAUCCAGGUUUAUUGCCCUGGCAGAAGAUGAAGGAAUCCCAUGUCGGUGCUAUUGGAUGCAGACGUCUCCUGAGUUGUACAAUCACCUGAACUUCGUGAGACAGAAUCAGACCAAUGGGGAAGUGAGAAGGAUUCCGGGUGUAGGAUAUGCAGUUUUCAAGAAAAACUUCCAGGCACCAACAAAAGAUGAAGGAUUUUCAGAAAUUCUUAAAAUUGACUUUGUUCCCCAGUUUGACAAUGAGCGUGACAAGGCCUUAUUCAAACAGUGGACGACUGGGGGUCACUAGACAAGCCACACCCACACAGGGCAGCUACCUUUAUGUGUUCACAGACCAUAUUCCGGUCAAGAUAUUGUUUGGGUAGAGUAGAGGAAUCGUAUUUGUUUGUCUUUUAAUGCUCAGGAAAAAUAUUUCAUCAAUUUAGCGUAAUUUGAAACAUAUCAUUUGUACCACAUACCAUAUCGGGCUGAGAGAGCGCAAGAAUAGGUACUUGAAAUUUCAAGAUAGCUUUUACUUUAGAGUGAUCUCCCUUGAUAGGCUGCAUUGUGGUUAGUUCAGCUGAAGGGGUUGUUGUCAACACAGGUACAACAGAUAUGUACCCCUGGUAUGUUUUUGGUACCCUAGGGUGAGUCCAUUCCACCGCAGGCCGUAUUGCGCAAUGCCCUGAACCAGCUCCUUGAAAGCUUUAGAAGUUUACAACACGUCCUGGAUGCCCAACUGCAGUAAAAUUCAACAUGGCAGUACACGCUGUAUAUUUUUAUUUUUCUCUUGGCAUUUCCUUUCCAUAAAUGGAUCAGAACUGUCAUGUUGUAUGAGAUGCAUUCCAGUGUGCUAUAUAAAAAGUGAGCAAUCACAGUGAUGUACAUACAUUACUCUAAUAUUUAACAAUGCACAGCAUUGUCCUGCAUGCACUCGUCGUCUGGCUAGCCAGAACUACAACUGAACCUGUUUCAGUCUCGGGGUACCAUUAUUCUGAUUUUGGCUUGCAUAUAUUUCUGUAUUCUGAUUUUGACUGGGUAUACAUGUCUGUAUACAGAAACGUACUUGGGGUGCUUGCCCGUAGUGAUAAUAACAGUAUGCCUUUAGCUUAAGGUUCGAGAUGCUAUCAGAAUGAUAAGGUGUUCUGUACACAUGAAUACAGCAAUAUGUGAAUACAAUUUUGAAUACACUGAUCCAUUUUACCCCCAAGUUCUUGGAAUAAUAAAAAAUCUACCACAUUUGAGACAAGCAAAAUGCCAUUAUUAGACCAUAGAAUCUUCCCACCCCAGAAGGUUAAGUUUUCUUAGUUAAAUCAGAUAUAUAAUCAAGUGCAAGUUGAUGAGGUUCCACAGAGAAAAGGUGUGUUAUCCAGCACUUUAGGAAUACGUCCUGCAGACGGACCUUCAAACUCAGGUUCCCAAUUGAUUGUGGGUUUUAAUCCCUGUUUGCCCCGAUUAUGUUUCUAGGUUUGUCAGCACCAUACCUGUGCUUGAGGGCUUCACCGAAGUGGUAAAUGUCUGAGACCUGCAUCACUUUGGGCUUUCCUCCCACAUGAAGAUGACAUGCCGCGAUAUAACUGGAAUACUGUUAAAAGGGGUGUUAAACCCAACUCUCUAACUCAUAUCUAGGAAUAUGCAAUAGCUACAUGGACCAUCUGAUAGUACUGUUUAAUGUACUUCUUAAUGUAGUUUUUUUUGUAGCUUGGGCCGGUUCCUACCCACUGUCAUCAUACAUGUAGCUGUCACUCUGAAAAACAUAGCGCUCAUUUGCAAUUUCAUGAUUUCAUUGUACGAGUAGUUUCUAUGAAAAAAAAAUGGCAAAUGUACUGAACUACUUCAACAUAUCAUUCCAGAUCACAUAUAAAGUAGUUGUGUCCAUUUAAAACAUUAUCAUUAUUUUUAAGCUCGAUGUUUUAAACACUUUUUUUUUAUGUACACAACACUGUAAUUUAGAAGUGCCUAGUUCAUCAAUAUUUAAGAUGUUAAAAUGAGCAAAAUGAAAUCCUUUAUAUCAUGAAAGUAAUUAGAUUGAAAGUGUACAGUUUCCUAUACUGCCUUUAACUAUGAUCUCACAGUUCCACAUACUCCCACUGGGUCAGACAACAUUAGGUAGGACAGAUGGAUACAGGAACUUAUUGGAGUCAUUGGUCGCCAGAAAUUGGUCAGUUCAGAAAAGUUCACGACACAUUUCUGAUGUGAAGUUUUUGGGGUGUUCAGAAGGUGGGGAGAGGGUUGUUUCUGUUUUUGCAUGUAAUGCACACACCUUUCCUGCCCUGCUAUAUCAUGGUGGUCAGUAAAUAAACUAGUCUGAGCCAGACAAGCCAGUGAUUGAAGCCAUGAAGAACAUUCCUUGCCAUCAGGUUUGGUUGUCGGCCAUUCAGAGUGGCCACCAGAUCUGUUUGAGUGGCCUCUUACGAUCAGCAUAGGUUACUGCAGACCAUUUAAACCAUGGGUUACCUGUGUGAUGGCUUGAGAAGAGCUUUGAUGCAGUGACAUCAUAAACCCAGUGUUUGUUUGUUGUGUUACGGCACACUCAGGAAUUUUCUAUCAUUAUGACUGGUCUGUAAAUAGUUGCAAAGUUGGACAUGACAAUUAAGUCGACAUCAUGAGCAUCGAUCCUCACAAUUACGAUAUGAUGAUGUGCAGUCAACCAAGUCGACGAACCUGAUCACCUGAUCCAUUUAGCCACCUCUUACAACAAACAUAGACUGGGGACCAAUCUGAACCCAGAAUCUCCAAUGGUUGUAGGGCUUAAGAAUGAAAUCCUCCACUGGGUUGUUGUAGAAGGAAUUGGAUAGGUAGAUCCAGAACCCAGAAUCUCCACUGGGCUUAGGGCUUCAGAAUGAAAUCCUCCACUGGGUUGUUGUAGAAGGAAUUGGAUAGGUAGAUCCAGAACCCAGAAUCUCCACUGGGCUUAGGGCUUCAGAAUGAAAUCCUCCACUGGGUUGUUGUAGAAGGAAUUGGAUAGGUAGAUCCAGAACCCAGAAUCUCCACUGGGCUUAGGGCUUCAGAAUGAAAUCCUCCACUGGGUUGUUGUAGAAGGAAUUGGAUAGGUAGAUCCAGAACCCAGAAUCUCCACUGGGCUUAGGGCUUCAGAAUGAAAUUCUCCACUGGGUUGUUGUAGAAGGAAUUGGGUAGGUAGAUCCAGAACUCAGAAUCUCCACUGGGCUUAGGGCUUCAGAAUGAAAUCCUCCACUGGGUUGUUGUGAAAGGUAUUGGAUAGGUACAUCCAAACUUUUUCCUGAUAUUGGUUUGGACUCAUGGUUACUGUAGCAGCCAUACUGAACAUUGUGCUUGCCUGUGACUUCUCACUGCAUUAAGGAAGCUUGGAGUGUGUGAUAACAAUAUGUGUGUUGGCAUACAUUUCAACUUAGAAUGUUUACCAUUAGUUAUAAUUUUAUUGACUUCUCCUAGGUGACCCAAAUAAUGUUUUCCAGAAUUCGUGAAAGUUCAUGUGAUUAAAUGUUGAUUCAGGAGAGUUACCGACCACUCUGACUAUUGGAUCUUACAAAGGAAACAUUCUACAUAAAAAUAAUGUAAUGUGUUUUUCCUUGUAACAAUUAAAACCACAACAUCUAAAGAAAUAAAGUUUUAUUCAUAAUGA